AUGUCUAGCAUAGAUAAUGCAUUAUCAGAAUUAAUAAGAGAGGUAUCUGGUGAGGACAUGUGUGUCGUCCAAGAUUAUCGAAUGUGUCUUGUCACAACAACAAGAACACUCGAGUCAAUUUAUACUUAUUUUAGUGUUUAUAAAACAAGAGAAAUUACAUCUAAGGAAUCAGUUUGCAAACAAAUUAACUAUUAUAUAGACAAGAUAGAGAAAGAUAUUUCAGAGCAAAAACGAGUCUUUAGUGCUAUUACCAAAGUACUCUUUACUUUAUUGGCCGAUGCUAUUGGGACCAAGAAUGAAGCAAUCCACAAAAUGAGAACCAAUAUACCACUACUUUUAAACAACAUUUUGUUUUAA